AAGGAAGGAUCACUCUUUUAAAGUUUGUUCCCAAUAAACUUAUUGGUGGAUUCAGAAUAACAAAUCCACUGCACCACCUUUUUAUCUUUUAUAAACAAGUUGUUGGAACAGCAGGUGACUUAUCCCACAUCUCACCCAACAUCCAAAAAAAAAAAAAAAAAAAAAAAAAAAANAAAAAAAAAAAAAAAAAACAAGAAACUUAAACAGCAAACCAAUUGGCUAGCUCACAAUUUAGUCCAAACCCUUCAACACAAACACUCAAAACAACAAAAUGGGGAAGGCAAUGAAGAUCAUAAGGAGAUCAAUCCAUGUCUUCUUCAAGAACUACCACCCCGCCGCCUCGGCCGCCGCCCUUCUGGCCUUGCCCUACUCCGUCGCCGCCCUCCUCUCGCACUCCUCCGCCAUCUCUUCCUCCUCCGCCGCCGUCUCCCGCCGCCUCCACGCCAUCUUCGAGGCCUCGGGCUUCCCCGCCUCCUCGCGCUUCUUCUCCCUCCUCAACCUCAGGCUCUCGCAGGCCGUACUCGCCUUCGCCUCCACCCUCCCCUUCUCCCUCACCUUCCUACUCCUCGCGAAAGCCCACGCAAUCCAAGCCGUAAACAACAACCCCCCCUAUCGUCGGAGACCUCCGCUGUCGCCGCUUUCUCUCUACCCUUCUCUCCUCAGCACCUACGUAUUCGCCGCAUUCGCGACACUCGCGGCGAAUGCCGCCAUUUUCUCUCUCUUAUUCUUGGCAUUCAGCACUGUGGAGAUCCUCACUCUCUCUCCAGCCAACUUCACACUGGCCUUCUCAAUCCUAGGCAUCAUUCUAUACUCAGUGCUGCUCACCAACACAAUCAUAGCAUGCAACAUGGCCAUAGUGAUAGCAUGCAUGGAAGAGAGGUGCAGUGGAUGUGUGGCUUUCCUGAGAGCACUUGUGCUCAUCAAGGGGCGCGCCGCGACCGCAAUCGCCGUGGCCUUGCCCGCAACCCUGGGCCGAGUUGCGAUCGAAGCCUUGUUCCGACUCAGAGUGGCGAGGCCCGGGUUCGGCGCCUCGACCCUCUGCGAAGGAUUGCUGAUUGGUUACAUGUACUCCACCCUCAUUGUUGUUGAUACUGUGGUCACUUGCAUGCUUUACAGGAGCUGUGUGAGAAGCCAAUCUCAGUAUGAAGGCUUAGAAGCAGAGGAAAAGGGUGCUUUGCAUGCUUGAGAGAAAAUUAAGCACCUCUCUUUGGCUUAGGUUGAUGCUUUAGAAGCACUUUUCUUUAUGUUUCAAUUUAUUUUUUAUUUUGUUUUCUGCGAAAGAUUGUGAGAUUGUGAAGCUGGACAUAAAUAGAGUAAGUUGAAUUAUUAAGAUUGAUUAGUUUUUGAUUGGGGGAGGUGAUUUUAAUGCUAGAGUUGUGUAAUUUUGCUGCUCAAGAGAAGAGUUUUUUUUUU